UUUUUUUUUUUUUUUUUUUCCCAAACUGACUUUUGCCCCUCCAAUCCUCGGCGCUCUCCGCGAUCCCUCCCUGCUGCCGCUGCAUUCAAGUUUAUUUAUUUGCCUGCUGGCGCGGCGCGUCUCUCCUCGCUGCUGCUGCUGCUGCUGCUGCUUCGGAGGGGACCGCGCGGAGCCGCGUUUUUUGCCCGAUCUCCGCAUGUAACCAUCGCAGCGGCGGGGCCGCCUCGCUCUGCCUCCCCCGCGCCGCUCCCGGUGCGUGCCGUCCUUCCGCAGAAGUUGAUGUUCCCGGGACCGGACCGUGCUCUAUCACCGCAGCGCUCCGAGAGGCGGCAGCCGGAGUCCCCGCGUCGGAGCGCCCGGCCCGGCCCUGGUGCUGCACUUCUCCGGGGCUUCGCUUUUUUCCACGCCCUCUCAUAAAACAGUUUUUAUUUCCAUCUCCUUGGUUUCCACGCCGCAAUAUUUCUUGGAUUGGCCGCGCUUUUUUAUUUUUUUUCCUCCGUUUCCCUCCCCUUGUUUUUUCAUUCCUUUUUUUUUUUUUUUUUUUUUUUUUUUUUGCCUUUGCUGUUGCUCAGCCCUUGGUGCAUCCACCGCCCAGGAACAGGAAGGACGAGAAAACCACUCCACAAAGUCUCCUUCAAGACACACUGUGCUGCAGAACAGGCUCCCCAACUCCAUCAGCGCAGCGAACAAACUCCUCAGGGGGUUUUGCACCCUUCCCCCCUCCCCCUCCCCUUUUUUUUUUCUCUUCCCCCCCACUCCCCCUUUUCUUUUUUUAUUUUAUUUCUUUUAUUUUUUUUUUCCUCCCUUCAUUGUUUGGCAUCCGAGCGGGGAAGGAAGGCACAAACUUUCUGCUGAGACGCACCGCCGCUCCUCGCCCCUCUCCCCGCCGCCGGCCGCUCGCACCGCGCCGGGACCCCUGAGCUCUCGGGAGGACCUCUCUCGGCGCCGCCCCAGCCCCGCGGUGCCCGGUGCCCGGUGCAUGCUGUGCCGGGGGCUCCGCGCGGGACGCCCGGUGAAUGCGCGCCGCCCGCUGCCGGGCUGAGCCCCGCUGAGCGCCGCGGCCGCGCCUCCCUGCCGGCUGCUGCGGCCGCAAGCGCCUCGCUCGCUGCGGCGCGGCGCGGAGCCCUCUGCUCGCGGUUAUCCCCUCCCGCUCCCUCGUGCACCCCGGGAAGGCUCGGUUCCUCCUACCUUCUUUUUUCUUUAUUAUUAUUAUUUUUUAUUUUUUACUUUUUUUUUUUUUUUUUUUUUAACCCUCCCUCCUCCAACCUCUUCCCAAUUUUUCCGCAUCCGUCUCCCCGCGAUGCCGCACGUGGAGAUGCUGCUGCUGGCGGUCGCGGCGCUGUGGGUGUGCGUGCGCGGGCAGGAGCCCGGCGCCAAGGCGGUGGCCGACCGCUACGCCGUCUACUGGAACAGCACCAACCCCAGAUUCCAGCAGGGUGACUACCACAUUGAUGUGUGCAUCAACGACUACCUGGAUGUAUUCUGCCCUCACUAUGAAGAUUCGGUGCCAGAAGAUAAGACCGAACGCUAUGUUCUGUACAUGGUGAACUUUGAUGGCUACAGCUCCUGUGAUCACAUUUCCAAAGGGUUCAAGAGGUGGGAGUGCAAUCGGCCACACUCCCCGAAUGGACCGCUGAAGUUCUCAGAAAAGUUCCAGCUCUUCACACCCUUCUCACUAGGAUUUGAGUUCAGGCCAGGCCGGGAGUAUUUCUACAUCUCUUCUGCGAUCCCAGAUAAUGGAAGGAGAUCCUGUCUAAAGCUUAAGGUCUUUGUGCGACCAGCAAAUGAUACCGUACAUGAGUCAGCCGAGCCAUCCCGUGGUGAGAACGCGGCACAGACACCGAGGAUACCCAUCCAGCUUUUGGCAACUCUAUUGUUCCUCCUGGCAAUGCUUUUGAUAUUAUAGCACAGUAUGCUCCAGCAACCUGUCGCAGAAAAUUUCAGGGUCUUGGAACAUCAAAGAUCCACCUAACUGCUCAUCCCAAGAAAGGGACUUUAUUGUUUUUGCAGAUGUCAAAUCGUUAUUUUUCCCUUUUCCCUUUUCUUCUCCCUUUUAGCCUGAACUCAGCAAAAAUUUGAAGGGGAUAACUAGCUUCAGCACCCAUCCCUACCUACCCUGUGACUUUCUCAACCCCUCCAUACAAAUAAAAGGACUCCAAAUGAAAAUGCCAAACUAUAAUAGUGACACUAGUGAUUCUUAUUUUCCUCUGCAUUCUCCUUUAACAAGUCACCUCUGUUAGCUCACUGUGUCAUCCGAAUGAAGACAAGAAAGAGUAGUGGCAAAUACAGUCAGUGGAGGAUAAGCAAACUGAAUGAAAGCCUGGGAGAGUUUUUCUCUCCAAUACAAUAUUUAUGCCUUCUCAUUCAACACUGUAAGAUCAUCAUGCAGGGCAUAGUAUCACCAUGUCAGGACUGGAGGGGAAAUAUUAAGAGCAGAUACAACACCAUUUCCUCCAGGAGUUCCAAAUGAGCAGACUUCUGAAAGGGAAAGAUGAUGUUUCUUAUAGGACUGUCCUGAAACACCCUUUUUGCUCACAAGUAGAAAUGCUGUCUUUGGUGAGAGAAAGACGUUAGUAUUUAGAAAUGUUAGCACACAGCUGGCAAGGUCAGAUUUAGGAAACUUCACUGGGGGUGUGAGUGCCUCUGUUAUUUCGUUUUAAGGGGAUAAUGCACACCGGGUUAUUUUAUUUUAAAAGAAAUCACCGUGGUGCUAAAUUUUUUUUCUUGAAAUGCAGAGGCACUUUUGAGAAUAAAGUGACCUUCCCCAGCGCUGACUUAGUUGCUGAGAACCUUAGAUGCUGUUCUGGGUGUUAAUACAUGCUAAAAGAGAACAUUAGUGGCCAGAGGAAUCAUAUUUGGAACACAAGAUCUCCAGUGUGCUCUUGAUUUGUCUCUCCUGCAAGUUCCUCAGUCAUGGGAAUAAACCAUGAGUAGCAGAAGCCAGGACGGUCUAGUAGCAUCGUUUGGUGGGGGGAAAGAAAAGAAGUGUGGAAUGCGAAUUCAAGUGUUGAUUUUUUGUCUUUUCCCCUUCCAGCACAGUUUGAAGAGUAGAGGAAAUGUGUUUAUCAGCCAGAGAUAAACUAGACGGGCUCCCAAAGACUUAACAAAAUAUUUUUUUAAAAAUCCACUAGAAUAGAAAAUACAUUAUUUAGAUAUACUUUAUGCUGAAAGUGAGUAUAUAUGCUUGUCCUAUUUAAACACGUGAGAAAAGUGGUAACCCUUGAUGCAAGUAGGAAAUGGUACUGUCUUGUUUGAUGGAAUUGGGAGUGACUCUGUUUAGGUAAUCUGAGCCUUGGCUAAGGUAGAACUUGGAAAAGUCAUUUGCCAGGAAGUGCAAGAGUUGGGGAUUAUUUUUGUCUGAGCUACCAUGAAAUUUGAACUGCUAAGCAUAAUCAAGGAAAUAUCAGGCAAAGACUGAAACAAAACGUUUCUAAACAAAAACUGUGAUAAUUACGUUAAGUGUGAAACAAAACAUGAAAUGCGUUCAAACUAAAUGGGGUUUCUCUAUUAAUUCUGAAGAAAACCUCUGUCAUAACAAAUCUGAGUGGUACAAAUAAUGGGCAAUGUUUUCUGAGCAUUUUUUUUUUCUUUUCUAAUGAAGAAGAACUUUACAAAAGUUGUAAGCAGCCCACUAUUCAGUUUAGAAGGAAAAGGUGAAAUAAAUGUAAGAUAUUUAAGGUUUUAUGCAUGCUUAACCACAAUCUGGGCCUGCCUGAUAUCAUACAACAAGGUUGUUGUUGCAGGGCCUUUGCUUACAGUAGGAAUGUAGGAAAUUUCCUCUUUUGUUAAGUGCACAGAACAAAGACAUAGAGUCUGAACAGUGAGGUAAGUCACCAUCCCAUUACGGACUAGCUGGUACUUUUUGCUCUUUAACUUUGAUGUGCUUGUUAAGCACACUUACAAUUCCUUCAGGUAGCAAGUAAAGAGGAUGAGGUGAGGUUAAUAAAAAAUGCGCCUUAUCAAAUGGACUAUUAACUGGAGUACAAGUAAUACUGCAUGAUAGUAAUCAUAUUAAAAUGAUUCAUAGCAAUUGCAGGCAGUUAUAGGAGCAGUCCCAGUCUUAUGUAGAAACGGUGACUUCAUUUUUCAUCCUGUGUCUCUACAUGAUGUCAGAGUUUGAGAUGUACUCUUGUCCACAGCAGACGCUUUUCAUUUGUAGUGUUUCAUGUGGAGUUCAGCCCUCCACGUUAUCACAGGGCCCAGCUGGGAGGAUGAGGGACAGCGUGUGGUUGACUGGUUGACCCAGCUGCAAAGCAGAUCCUUGUGCUGCCAGGGGUGGCCAGAAGACCACAAAACACUGUCAGUUUGGCACACGGUGGCAUCAGGCAAUUCCAGUCAUAGCAGUAAGUGAUGGUGGGUUUUGUGUUGGGAUGCAAAUCUCUGGAGGCUCUGAAUGCAAAUAUUGGUGCCAACUUCUAAGAAUUUUCUGCUUCCCUCCAUCUGCCCCUUCUCAAGCCCAAGGGACUGAUUCUCCCAGCCUGUGCGGCUUAUUUACCCCCAUGACCUGCACUCCUGGCUGCCAAGGCCAUUGCAAUGCGAAGCAGGGAAAAUAGGGAUCAGUCAGUUUAGUGGAUACUGUGUAUCCUUUAAUAGGCAAGGUAACAUUUCGUGUUAGUUUAGAAUAUUGUUUUGUACUGUACUUACUUGGAUGGCGAAGGAAAGACAAGUAAAACUUAAAGCUAUGUUCUUUAAAUUCUGUAUUAUUAGCAACCUCUGUUGUAUAUAGUGUUUGAUAAUAAAGUAUUAAUUUGAUUCUUA